CAGAGCCAGCCCAGCACCAAGGUCAUCGCACCCUGGGUCUGCUCUCCGGGCCUUUGUUCACGAGGAGCCGGAAUCAGCGAAGGCCACUGAUCACUGGAGUCAUGGUGCACGGGCACAAAGGGUUCCAGUUCCAAAACUGGGCGAGGACCUAUGGCUGUUGUCCAGAGAUGUACUAUCAGCCCACAUCAGUGGAAGAGAUCAAAGAGGUGCUGGCCCUAGCCAGACAGCAGAAGAAGCGGGUGAAGGUGGUGGGCGGUGGCCACUCCCCCUCAGACAUCGCCUGCACUGAUGGCUUCAUGAUCCACAUGGGCAAGAUGAACAGAGUCCUCCAGGUGGACAAGGAGAAGAAGCAGGUGACUGUGGAGGCCGGCAUCCUCCUGGCUGACCUGCACCCCCAGCUGGACAAGCACGGCCUGGCCCUGUCCAACCUGGGAGCAGUGUCAGAUGUGACCGCAGCUGGUGUCAUUGGGUCCGGAACGCACAACACGGGCAUCAAGCAUGGCAUCCUGGCCACCCAGGUGGUGGCCCUGACCCUGCUGACGGCUGACGGGACUAUUCUGGAAUGUUCCGAGUCAAGCAACGCAGAGAUUUUCCAAGCUGCACGGAUGCACCUGGGCUGCCUUGGAGUCAUCCUCACUAUCACCCUGCAGUGCGUGCCCCAGUUCCACCUGCAGGAGACGUCCUUCCCCUCGACCCUGAAAGAGGUCCUCGACAACCUGGACACCCACCUGAAGAAAUCGGAGUACUUCCGCUUCCUCUGGUUCCCUCACAGCGAGAACGUCAGCAUCAUCUACCAGGACCACACCGACAAGCCCCCUUCCUCUUCAGCCAACUGGUUUUGGGACUACGCCAUUGGGUUCUACUUACUGGAAUUCCUGCUGUGGACAAGCACCUUCCUGCCGUGCCUGGUGGGCUGGAUCAAUCGCUUCUUCUUCUGGCUCCUGUUCACCCGCAAGAAGGAGAGCAGCGCCCUCAGCCACCGCCUCUUCACCUACGAAUGCCGCUUCAAGCAGCACGUGCAGGACUGGGCCAUCCCCAGAGAGAAGACCAAAGAGGCCCUGCUGGAGCUGAAGGCCAUGUUGGAGGCGCACCCCGAGGUGGUGGCCCACUACCCCGUGGAGGUGCGCUUUGCCCGGGGUGAUGACAUCCUGCUGAGCCCUUGCUUCCAGAGGGAGAGCUGCUACAUCAACAUCAUCAUGUACAGGCCCUAUGGCAAGGACGUGCCGCGGCUGGACUACUGGCUGGCCUAUGAGACCAUCAUGAAGAAGGUGGGGGGCAGGCCCCACUGGGCCAAGGCCCAUAAUUGUACCCGGAAGGACUUUGAGAAGAUGUAUCCUGCUUUUCCCAAGUUCUGUGCCAUCCGCGAGAAGCUGGACCCCACUGGGAUGUUCCUGAACGCGUACCUGGAAAAGGUGUUCUACUGAAGCCAGCGCACAAGCCCCUCCCCCGACCUGGCCCCGUGGGGAACACACCGCCCCUCCCACCCCACGCUGCCAGGCGGGGCUCUGGACAAGGCCUUCCUUCUCCUACCUCCCUUUCCCCCAGAGCGCCCCAGGCAGAAGCUGGCCUCGCCCCCAGAUUCCUGCCCACAUCUCCAUGAGAGCUCCCCUUCCCUAGCCUACACUCACAUGCCCCGCUCCCAGAAUGGGGCCCCGACACGCAGUUUCUCUGGGAGGCCCUGGAUUUGGUCAUGCCCAGGUCCCGGCUGUAACUCCAGGGGUCCCUGCACCGCUGUAGAAAGGCCCCUUGGCGAGUGCUGGGCACAGGGUUUCUGGGGGCUGCUCUCUGCUUUCUCUCACACUUGAGGACCUUUCACAUGUUCAGAUGAGCGCCCCCUGACCCGGGACUCCGUCUCCACCAUGGGUUGGCCAAGACGUGUGAUGUCGCGUACUCUGACCUGCCACAGGCCAGCUGAGGGGUGGGGAAUGGGGCUCUGCUCACCUUCUUCUCAAUAAAGACCCACAGCUGA